AGGACUGACGCUCUACGCCCUGCAGUCGGUAUCCGCCUCCCGUGCCUAAGGGGCGGAUGCUUGUCGCAGCCGCCACACAAGUAGUCAGCGCUUCCUGGUGCCUAAUCUCCAUCAGCACCGCAGAGCGUGGAGCCCACAGCUCGGGGAGGACGUUCUCCCAGACACGCGCUCGCACACACUCAGCGCUGGCACCAACCCGGGAUUCCCAGCCUGUGGGCGCUCCCAUUGCAGCCGGCGGGAGGGGACAGAGGCUCCCGGAACGCCUCUCUAACGAAUCCCGGCGGUGUCAGCCAUCCCCCAGCCUCCGCCCCGUGGGAGAUCUACAGUCUCUGUCACUGAUCCAAGCGUUCCAUUCUCGGCCGGAGCUGUCCCGGUCUGACUGCGCCCUGGUCGUGCGUGCGGAUCCACCCCUCUGCAGCCGCCGCGUGGUAGCGCCCGCUCCGCCGCCGCUCGCCGGUUGCUCCCCGGCGCUAGCUCGCUCGCCUCAGUGAGCCGCCGCUGCCGCCGCCGCCGCCGUCGCCGCGUCUGCCUCCCGGCACAGCUCGCCCGGUCGGCGCCGAGGGACGAGGAGGAAGGAGCACCCCGCAGCGCAGCGGUCCCGCGCCACCCCCACCCCACCGUCGCCCGCCCAGCUCGGCCCGGCUCGUCAGCGCGGCGGCGCCCGGCAUGUAUCAGAGCCCGCGGCGGCUCUGCUCGGCCCUGCUGCUCAGGGACGCCCCCGGCCUGCGCCGCACGCUCGUGCCCGGCCCGCGCCGAACGCUCGCCCCGCCGGUGCUCGGAUCUCGGCCCACGUCCCCGCAACUGCAGGCGGCGGCGGCCUCGGGCGCCGCGAGGUCGCGUCCCCGAACAGUGAGUUCCAUGGGAAACGGCACCAGUCGACUCUACAGUGCUCUCGCCAAGACCGUCAACAGCAGUGCAGCUGCUCAGCACCCGGAGUACUUGGUGUCAGCUGACCCCGAACAUCUGGAGCCCAUUGAUCCUAAGGAACUUCUGGAGGAAUGCAGGGCUGUUCUGCACACUCGGCCACCCCGGUACCAGAGGGAUUUUGUGGACCUGAGGACAGAUUGCUCCAGCAGCCACUCUCCCAUUCGCGUCAUGCAGUGGAACAUCCUCGCCCAAGCUCUCGGAGAAGGCAAAGACAACUUUGUGCAGUGCCCCGUGGAAGCGCUCAGAUGGGAAGAGAGGAAGUGCCUGAUCCUGGAGGAGAUCCUGGCUUACCAGCCAGACAUACUGUGCCUCCAGGAAGUGGACCACUACUUCGACACCUUCCAGCCACUCCUCAGUAGACUGGGCUACCAAGGCACGUUCUUCCCCAAGCCCUGGUCACCAUGUCUAGAUGUGGAACACAACAACGGUCCAGAUGGCUGUGCCUUAUUUUUCCUCCAAAACCGAUUCAAGCUUAUCAGCAGCACCAAUAUCAGGCUGACAGCCAUGACCCUAAAAACCAAUCAGGUGGCCAUCGCACAGACCCUGGAGUGCAAGGAGUCUGGGCGACAGUUCUGCAUUGCUGUCACCCACUUAAAAGCCCGCACUGGCUGGGAGCGGUUCCGGUCAGCUCAGGGCUGUGACCUCCUCCAGAACCUGCAAAACAUCACCCAGGGAGCAAAGAUCCCCCUGAUAGUCUGCGGGGACUUCAACGCAGAGCCAACCGAAGAGGUCUACAAACACUUUGCGUCCUCCAGCCUCAACCUCAACAGCGCCUACAAGCUGCUGAGUCCCGAUGGACAGUCGGAGCCUCCUUACACAACCUGGAAGAUCCGGACCUCAGGGGAGUGUCGCCACACGCUGGACUACAUCUGGUACUCCAGACACGCUCUGAGCGUCACGUCCGCCCUGGAUCUACUCACUGAAGAACAGAUUGGGCCCAACCGGCUCCCGUCCUUCCAUUACCCCUCGGACCACCUGUCCCUGGUGUGUGACUUCAGCUUUAACGAGGAGCCCCACGAGCUCUUUUAAUCACAAGCGUCUUAACCAGGGAUGUUUUGGGAAACUGAACUAGGAUAGGAAGUUGCCUGGAAAAGGACACCCAGUUUCUGCCACACCUCUCCAUCAUUUCCAGCAUGCCCUUGAAAAAACAUUGUUCACAAACCUUUCCAGCUAAAACCUGCAUUGAAAAGGUGUUUGCACUCCAGCUCGAGCUUGUUGUUCAUCUGUGUACCAUCCUCUACCAUUUAGGGGCAUUAGUAGCAUAGGCUUUCUUGUUUUUUAGUUGAGGAUAUUAUAAAAACCCAGUUUGUAAGCCCUUCAGAAUUAAAGUAAGAUGUAGGAAGUUUUCUAGACAUCAUUUCAAGUUAUUUAUUUGUGGGAUUUUUAAAUGUCAGUGGAAAAAAUGCAUGGUAAUAUUUAUUUUUUUAUAUCUUAAUGUAAAAUAAAGUGGAUUAUCUAGCAUUGUGGACAUUUUAGAACCAUGCAGUUACAGUCUUAAUUCCUUAAAAAUUAAAAAUGUUUUUAUUUGCUGAUCUAUCAGGAUGUACACUAAGGAACUAUUUAGCCCUGAGGGAUUGGUGACUGUGUGUGUACAUUCUUCACAAAUAAUCCCUGUUUGCUAUGCCUUUGACUUAUCUGUUGUGUUUUAAAGAAAUUCCGUAGCAUUCAGUUCUUUAGUUUCCACUGUUUAGUCACUGCUAGGUACUUGUGCCUUUUCUGUUGUGAUGAUGUUGGUAGACUUGUGAAGAUUACUCCAAUCACUUCUGGGAUGUGCUUUUUAUAAGUAGCUUUAGGAACAGUUCUGGAACAGUUGCUAAGAAUAUUAGUGAGAAUCCUUAUCAAGACGACAGACAUGAGCCCAACAUUCAGCCGAGACAAGAAAGCCCAUGUCUUGGAGGCCAGCUUGGGCUAUAUGUCAAGACCCUUUCUUGAAAAAGCCCCAGAGACAGCCAGAUGACUGGGUUCAAGUUUUCUAGAAAAAUUGUAAGAGUUCUGUUGAAGCCUCUUCCAAACAAAAUAACCUACCAGUGGUAAGAAGGUAAAUAUCUUAAUGUAUGAGGUUCUAAAUAUUACUUAAGAUUAAUAAAUGGACUUACAAAGAG